AUGGAGCAUUUACCCCUACCCGGAGGAGAAAAGCACUUUAUUGUUGCUCCGUACAAUGCUCCCCCAGGGGCUUGGUAUGAUCACAAAGGCUUUCUAGACUACCCUGAGCGGAGAGGCUGGACCAACGACCAGCUUCCUGACGGCGACACCACCAAAGAGGGAUAUCUCGAGGGCAAUGGGUUUAGAUUGAAAGGGACUGACUCGAAAGUCGAGGAGUUCUUCCAGACGUGGCUCUUCUUUGGACUGGUCAUUGAAGUGUUGAAAAUGGGCGGUGUCAGUGCCGAGACAGAGGAUUUCCUCGAGGUAAGAGAUCUGGCAGACCCUGGAGAAGUGGAGUUUGCCAGAAUAUCACAAGACGACAGGAAACAAAGACUAGUCAGGAUUGUCAACACAUCAAACCUUCCAUGCAAGCUGAGGGAAUGGAGAGAUGGGAUCCAGGAUAAGCCACGGGCAUGGACGGCACUGAACCAGAUGUUUGAGAGAGCUCGACAGAUCCUCGACUGCUUCUGCACACCAGAUGAUGAGAGGAAAUUAUGGGGAAACGACAAGCCACAGCGGUGGCCAGUACGGGAGGAGAUCUCAACCACUAUGAUCGCCCUGGUCUUCUCCCUCCGCAGCGCCGCGAUCAGUGUCUGCGAGCCCCGCGGGAUCGGCAUUAUGAACCCGUGGCUGAACGCUCGCUCCGAGAUCUUAGCUAGACGUCUACAACGCCAGUGGUGUCUCGCUGACGCGACUACCAUCAUGAAAGACCUCUCGAUCGAUGGCCACUACUACAUUGCAGCGUCUCCUGGUUUGGAUCCCGACGAGCUGGAUCGUCAUUCAAAGUGUGUCAGGGAGCGUUGCCUCGAAGAAUUCCCUACAGAGCUUUAUCACCCCCGGCAUGUGGCUCCAUGGCACAAGGCCAACUGUCCGACGGGACAGUCGAUCAACUACGGUGGACAGCUGGGACCCGAAAGAGGCCAGACGGGAUGGGAAGAUGCUAUUGCGAGAAUCAUCGACAAGAAUGCAAUCCCGAUUGCGCUUUGGGUCAAAGGGCUGCGCAAACUUUGGUCGGUGGAAUACCAUUUAAGUGGCACCCGGAGGCCUGAUUAUGUGGCUAUAUCACAUGUGUGGGCUGAUGGCAUGGGAAAUCGGACGGCGAAUUGGCUCCCUGAAUGCCAGUUAGACCGUAUUACGCACUUUGUGGAAAAUGUGCGGUGGGAGGGCCGAGAACCUACCCCAGCGAAUCCCAAUCUCUCGGAUGGAGUGGGCUUUUGGAUGGACACAUUGUGCGUCCCUGCGUUAGACAAAGACCGCAAGCGCAAGGCGAUCCUGAAUAUGCGUCAUGUCUAUUCGAACGCGAAAGCUGUCUUGGUGCUAGACAAGGGGCUCCAGAAAAUUCCCUCCACCGCUCCGGUGCUGGAGAAAGUCGCUCGUCUGUAUCUGUCCAACUGGAUCAAGCGUCUCUGGACUCACCAAGAAGGGUUUCUGCCAUCCACGGUGUACAUACAGUUCUCCGAUCGGCCAGUCGAGUUAGAAGUACUGGCAGAAGAGUUCGCGGCCUAUAAUCGAGAACACCUGGAAAAGACAGGAAAGUAUCUGGGGUUCCCCUUCGCGGCGAAUUCAAGGCUGCUUGACCUGUACUCUUCAUUGAGGAAUCUUAUGAAGCAAGUCCAAGACAAGGACAAGUGGAUGCUCUACAAACCUCUCUCGCACCAUUUGUCACCACGCAGGAGUACACGACUCGCGGAUGAGACGGUGUGCAUGGCGACGAUCAUCAACAUCGAUCUUCACAGGAUCCUGGCGAUUUCAGGCGAUGAGGAUGAAGAAGUUGCAAGGGACCGCAUGGCUGCUUUCUUGGAGCAACUGGGGACGUUCGACAUGUGCUUGAUAUUCAAUAAUUAUGAGCGCCUCGACAAGGCGGGAUACAGGUGGGCUCCAAAGUCGUUGCUCAACUUUCGCACUCCUCUGUUGACGUGUCCGGACGGGUGCGGGACUGUUACUCUCAAAAAGAUGAAUGGCCAGGCCGGCCUUCCGGUUCGUUAUCCGGGCCUUCUAAUGGACUUGGCCGAUGAAAGUGUGUCCCUUGGAGCCCUUCGGCAUGGCUGCGAGGUCCAAUGCAGAGUACCAGCCGCCAGGGGGAGCAACUCUCAUGGCAAAGGGCUGGUCCUCCAGUUCCCGCCAAGCAACGUUCGGUGGGCCAAAAGGCAGUAUGCCGUGAUAUUGUCAAAGGUCCCUAAAGUAGGCGGAAAGACUUGUCCGGCAGCCGUGGGCUUGUUCAAUCGCUCCCCUGGGAAUGGCAUUUACUGGUUUGAGCACCUCUCGGUGGCGAGAAUCCGAGCUCAGGAACCAUAUGGGGACGAGUUGCUGGACGUGCACCUACUUGAGAGUGAUACUGCCUGGUUUGUUAUGUAA